CUAGAGUCAGAACUCAGAAGUCAACUUUUGACGGAAGCCGGAAACCAAAAUAAUUAAAUAAUUUUUGUGGGAGUUUUUUCUAGUUAAUAUUCCAUUUUAAUUAUUGAGUAUAAUUGAAUAUAUCAUUUGGACAUUCAAUUAAACUCAAAUUGUUAACGUAUUAUAUACAAAGUCUCUAUAGCACUUAAUUAAACAUUAUGUUGGUAUUAGUCCUUGGUGAUUUGCACAUUCCACACCGUUGCAGUAGCUUACCUGCCAAAUUUAAGAAGCUGUUGUUGCCUGGUCGUAUACAACACAUUCUCUGCACUGGUAACCUAUGUACUAAAGAGUCAUAUGACUAUUUAAAAACACUUGCCAGUGAUGUACAUGUUGUUAGAGGUGAUUUUGAUGAGAACACCACAUAUCCAGAGCAAAAAGUUAUAACAGUUGGUCAGUUCCGAAUUGGUCUUAUUCAUGGUCAUCAAGUUGUGCCAUGGGGAGAUGAAGAAUCUUUAGCUUUAAUACAGCGUCAGCUUGAUGUAGAUAUAUUAAUCUCAGGUCAUACCCACCGGUUUGAGGCUUAUGAACAUGAAAAUAAGUUUUACAUAAACCCUGGCUCAGCAACUGGUGCAUACAAUCCUAUGUUCAGAAAUGCCACACCAUCAUUCGUGUUAAUGGACAUCACUAGCUCCACUGUUGUAACAUAAUAUGUGUAUAAACUGCUUGGUGACGAAGUGAAAGUAGAAAGAAUUGAAUAUAAGAAAGCUUAAACAGUUAUAUUUGUAAUCUUAAGAAUAUUUAUGAGGUAAAUCUUACAUAAAAACUAUAAAUAUUAUUUUAUGUAUUAAAAGGGUUUGGCAUGGCAUUUGUAGCUAAAGGUAAAUUAUAGUAAGAUGAAUGGAAAUCUUUAAUCAAAUGAAAUCAAAUUUUAUUUACUGAAAUAUGAACUAUUAUAUUUAUUUAAGGUCAGACUAGUGCAUAUGAGAGUUUAGACAUGUUACCAUCAUGGCAAUAGUUAAAUAUGCAGCUAUAUGAAUAAAAGUAAUUUUCUCAAUUAUAUAUGUUGUAAGUGUAGUGUAAGGUGGCUAGAUUUGGGUGAAGUUUUGGCAAAAAUGCACUUUAAGUAGAACAAUAUAAUGACCAUGCCAUGUCCAUAUUACAUAUUGUCUAGAAAUGUAUAAUCAAUUUUAGUUCUUCUGAGUUUUAAGAAGUCACUUAACAAUUAUGUUUCUAAAACAGCUCAUGUUUAUCUAUAUUUAAAACUACUUGUAAUUAUAAGGGCAAAACUUUCAAUAGUUUUAGAUGUAUAGAAUCUGUCUGUUUUGGUAAUUAUAGGAUAAUUCCAUUGCAUCUAGGAUUUUUGUACAGAUUGUAUUUGAGAAUUAUUUUAUACCUUCCUGUAUUCUUGUUUCUCGUAUCUUAAGAAUAGAUUAUUUCAUUAAGUCAAUUUUUAUUAUUAUACCAUAACAUUGUUAUGAUGAUUUAUGCGUUUAUUUUCUUAUUCAGCAUUUUUUGCCUUUUAACCCGAAGUAAUGUUUUGCUGGGAAUUGGAUCUCAGGCCCUAUACCACUACCACCUGAUAUGAAAUAAAUUCAUAAUUAUCAAAGGCAUUUUUUAUUUAAAAUUGAAAUAACGCGAGAAAUAUGUUUAUUGCCCGCCACAAGUGUACCAUUGUCUACAUGAAACCUAGGUCAUGGUCACUAAACAAAGUGUAUGAGAUGUCCGUUUUAUAAGGAAAUAAUUUUUAUAUUCCAUAUGAAUAAAUAUGUUUAUUUA